UAACUUUUAUUAGCUAUAAGGUUUCUUAGCAAUAUUUACUAAUUUUUGACAACUGACCUCAACACCCGCCCCCCGCCGACUCUUCUUGGGUAUAAAUUAAAAAGAAUUUCACACUUAUCGCCGAAGAGCAUUAAGGAACACGUCGCUCUUAAGUCGGCGCAAAUAUACAGCACACUACAUUAUCAACGCCGCACAUUCAAACCGAACGCGCUUGUGCUGACGUGGUGGCUUCAGUUAGUUCUCGCAAUUAUAACAUUUAAACCCUCAAUUGAAAUUAUGCUGACGAAGGCGCUAAUCCUGUUCGGCCUGCUGGCCCUGGCCCAAGGAUACAGCUUCACCUCCCGCGAGGUCAAGUGUCACGUGUGCAAGGCCGUGGUGACGGAACUGGAGGAGGCCAUUGCCAAGGAGGACUCCCAUAAGAUGGCCGAUGUCAGUGGCUUCCGCCUGGAUGCCCAGGGAAACUCCAUUAGCAAGAAGGUCCGCCUCAUCAAAUCAGAGAUGUUCCUCACGGAACUCAUGGAGGGCAUAUGUGAAAAAAUGGACGAUUACCUGAAGGCAACCUACAAGAGCAAUGGUAAAUUCACCCUACUGAAGAUGAUCGUCAACGGCCAGAUGAAUCCCGACUCCUCGCUGGUGGACUUUGUGCAGGACGGCGAUCUCAACAAGAGCCUGGGACACUUCUGUAACGAGGUGCUGGAGGACAACGACGAGAUCUUCUUGAAGGCCUUCCAGGCCGAGGAACUCGGCAACGAUCUCGACAUCAAGAUCUGCUCGGAGCAGGCUAGUUACUGCGACGACGCGCCCGUCCAGGAGGAGUACGACUUUGAUGGCAAGGAGGAGCUGUAGCUUGUCCCAGUGAUAGCCUAGUCAAUUAACGAAUUUCCUUGAUCGCCGACAGUGCUGAUCUUUGUACUGAUCUUUCGAACGAAAUUUAUCUUUAGCUAAAGUAACAGAAAACCACCAAGCCAAUUGUUAUCAAGUAGAUACGACAAUAAAUUCCAAGUGCAAUGUCUUUAAUAUUUUAUUAA